UCCUUUUUGGAUAUUUCUGUGUAUAUGUUGUUACUUUUUUUUGUCGUGUUAUUCCGUUGGUAUUACCAGCCCGCCGCAGUCGGAGCCGCAGCCUACGGCUAAAAGUUGCUCCCCCAACGACCCCAUCAAGCUGCAAAACGCAAAUGAAGAACGACAAUGACGGCGUCGAGGUCCUCCAACACUCCACCAUACUCAACCUUACUCCAUGCCAUACCGAUUCCUGCCGCGGACGCAUAGCGCGUGUUGAGCAAUCCGUGUCGGAGCAUUGAAACGCCGCUCAGGCGACACUUUUCAGAAGGAGAACGAAAGAGCACACAGCAAAGGGGGAAGAACCCCAACGACUGUGACAGAGAUAAAGGUGAACAGCCAUCGUGAGAUGGAGCUUUGGCCAAACACUCAAAGUCAAUGCUGAUGAAGUCGGUGUACCACCAGUGCGGCAGGAGUCGAUCGGGAUGAUGUUGCUACUACGGGUCGAAACUUGUUUGCCUUGCAAAUUGCAAUUAUGGGCUUUUUAAACUGUCAGCCCAGCUGAAGUGAGUGAAAAUGAAGCUACAAAGCUGAUGAGUCAAAAUGACCGCACUGCUGAAUUUUGAAAACUUGUUAAGCUAUACAACAAUGGCAUUAGUCAUAACCUUAACGGCCUCAGCAACAACCACGUUUAGCAAAAACAAAUCGAUUCCAACAUUUGCCGCAAAUAACACAGUUCUAGGCUCCACAGCCAGAAGCAGCAACAGCAGCAGUCUACUGCUGUCAACAGCUACAGUAGCAUCAACAACAAGAACAUCUACUUUACCAACAACAUUGCAGUUUGACGAUGCCUCGUUGGCUUCACUUUCAAUAACAUCUACAUCCUCGGAGUACUACGAGUCGUCCUUAGACGCCCAUGAACUUUUCCCAACAGUUGCCACAAACAUAACACCGAAUGUCAAUACCACAAACGUGCUCAUUGAGCCAGACCCCGAUGAUAGUUGGCUGGAUACGUCUUUACUGAUACUCAAGGGAUUUAUCUUUUCGUCAAUUAUCUUGGCCGCCGUUCUGGGCAACGCUUUGGUCAUCAUCUCUGUACAGCGCAAUCGGAAACUGCGUGUAAUAACAAAUUACUUUGUUGUUUCUCUGGCAAUGGCUGACAUGUUGGUCGCCCUCUGCGCCAUGACGUUCAACGCAUCUGUAGAGCUGUCCGGAGGCAAGUGGAUGUUUGGCCCGUUCAUGUGCAACGUGUACAACAGUCUGGAUGUUUAUUUUUCGACGGCCAGCAUAUUGCAUUUGUGCUGCAUAUCGGUCGAUAGAUACUAUGCAAUUGUACGACCCCUGGAGUAUCCAUUAAAUAUGACACAUAAAACAGUGUGUUUUAUGCUAGCAAAUGUGUGGAUCUUGCCUGCCCUGAUCUCGUUCACGCCAAUUUUUCUGGGAUGGUACACCACAGCUGAACAUCUACGCGAAAUAUCGCUCCAUCCGGACCAAUGUUCAUUCGUAGUAAAUAAGGCCUACGCCCUCAUAUCCAGUUCUGUGAGCUUCUGGAUUCCAGGCAUCGUAAUGUUAGUGAUGUACUGGCGCAUCUUCAAGGAGGCCGUUCGCCAGCGCAAGGCAUUGAGCCGCACUAGCUCCAACAUAUUGCUAAACAGUGUGCACAUGGGUCACACCCAACAGCCCACAAGCCUGAGCUAUCUGCAUCCGAGUGACUGCGAUCUUAAUGCCACUUCCACACGCGAGGAGACGCACAGUGCACUGAGCAAUUUAGAGGACAUGCUGCAGCCGGCCACCGACGAAGACGAUGACAAGGACGAGUGCGAUGAACUGCGAGUCCCAUCACCGCCUCCACGACGCCUCAGUCGCAGCAGCAUCGAUCUGCGUGACUUGGAGCAGGAGCGAUACGAGAAGGUGACCCAUACAGACAGUGCACCCUCCAUGAUGGCCCUGCAGCAGCCGGGACAUAUGCACAACCAGUUGCAACCUCCUGCCCCUGUCUUCAACCCACACAUAUGGACAGAAACACUGCCGAUAACAAAGAUGCCACAGGAUCAGCAGCCACAGCAAGAGCACCACGAGCAACACGAACAGCCCUAUCAGCAACAGGCGGGACCACAUCAGCAACUGAGCCUAACCAGUGGUAGUGGGACUAGUGAGCAGGAACCAGAAUCGACUGCCUACAGGGUUUUCGGCCGCAAUAGCGACGAGAGCGAGACCACAGACCAUUAUGACACACACUUGCCCCUGGCCGAGGACAACAAGGAGCUGAAACGUCUCAUCGACGAUAAUUACUUGUAUUUCAAGAAGCAAGCGGCCGGUGAAGUGGGUGGGGUAGUGGGAACGGGAGUCGGCAUAGGAGGUGGCAGCAAAUAUGCAGCCCUCAGUGAAUCGGAUUUCAUCAGACUUAAGGCUGGGGCAGCAGUCAGUGGCCGCAAGGCGUUUGCCGCCAGUGACUCGGAGUUCUUGCGUACAAUCAGCGAAUCCAAAGUACCAGAUCCACUUCCCGGAAAGGAAAAGGGCUUCAAUAUUCGAACCCUGCUCGCCAAAACAAAACGCUUAAGCGGAGAGGGCUUUGCCCUGGAAAAGAAACGACAGCAGGCCAACUCCGAAGGUUCGAGCUUCUUUCGACGAGCGCGGAACAGGAAGUUGUCACACAGCUACAAUGGAAGCGCUGCUGGUGGCAGGGAACGCAAAAUCGAGAAACGAACCCGACAGCACAGUGACACGGACUCCACGCCCAACAAGCCCGACAUUCUACUGGACAUCAAUGUUCUCAGUGAGCAAAGCGGGACAAAUAUCAUCCAGCAAUUCAGUGAUGGGGUACAGCUAAUAGAUUUUAACAGCGAGGUGGGCGAGAGAGUCGCCGACGAUCUGGCCCAGCUGGCCGACUGCUUUGGCGAGUCUCCCAAGCAGCCCGCCACUCCUCCUCCGUCGCUAUCGCCGCCAGAGCUACCAGAACAGAAUAGUCUGCUCAUUGCAAGUAGCUCCGAAUUGGCGGAAAUCUUUCGCUCUCUCAGCUUUCCACUAGGCGAUAACUCGGCCAGGGGGCAUCGGGCGGACCCACAACGCAUGAGCACGCUCAGUGAUCAGGUGUGUGCCAACUAUCUGAUGUCUCCACCAAAUACACCGGCUGCCACGCAAACUGUACCAGUCGCUGGCGGCUCCUCUUCGCAGUCGGCGUCCAUCAAUGUGUACUUCCUGUCGCCACCACCGCACACUGCUGGUCCCGGCUACUCACCAAGCGACACCUCCACAGUAUCUCUGGACGUGGUCACCACAUUGCCGGUGCCGACUACGUCCCAGCCACCUGCAACAUCCAACAUAUCACCCAAGCCCGAAAUCAUUCUCGAUUCCACGCUGUCACCCGUCGAAGGCGAGCACAAGGACAUCACAUCACCGCUAUUCAAGCGCAAAGAUAGCACCCUCGGCUGUGGUGACACGGAUGUAAGUGUUUCCGGCGGCAGACAUCGCAGCAGCAUCCUGGCCGGCUACGAUGGUAUUCAAACUGUGCGCAAGCGGCAGGCCUCCGUGGUAACCUACGACGUAAAUGUCAUUAAUUUUUCGCAAGAGCACAGCGACAGUCGCAGCUACAUACCAAUGGGUCGCGUCUCCACCAGCUCGGCAAAGCACGAAUUUUCCAAUAAAUCCUCGCUAAUCCGACGCGGUGGCAUCUGCAUAUUUGUGGAUGAAGAUGAGGCCGAGAUCAUUGAGCAAAAGCCGCGGGGCAUCAGCUUUGCCCCGGUGGCCAUGCCCAACAGCCCGCUGCCCAAAUGUCCGCUCUGCGGCGCCGACAUCACCACCUCCAAAGACACCAACACGACCAGCACUGACACCGCCACAGCCACCACAGCCAAUGCAAGUAGUAAACGUAGUAGUCACGCCCUCGCCAACGCCAGCGCCCAUGCCCAGGGGCUCACAUGCUUCUGGCACAAACGUACGGCAGCGGUCACAGCUUGUUGGCAGCAGAGCAAGAAACGAAGGCAGCGCUUCAAAACCGGAUGUAGUCAGUGUGGCGCAACCGGCGGAUCUGUGCGCCCGGCAAAGGGUUGGAAGGCUGAGCAUAAGGCAGCACGGACUCUGGGCAUCAUCAUGGGUGUCUUUCUGCUCUGCUGGUUGCCCUUUUUUCUUUGGUACGUCAUCACCUCGCUCUGUGGGUCUGCCUGCCCUUGUCCCGAUGUUCUGGUUGUGGUUCUCUUCUGGAUUGGAUACUUCAACUCUACACUGAAUCCGCUUAUUUAUGCCUAUUUUAAUCGCGAUUUUCGUGAGGCCUUUCGCAAUACGCUCGAGUGUGUGCUACCGUGUCUGGAGAAGCGAAAUCCCUAUAAUGCUUACUACGUCUAAAUCCGAAUGAAAUCCCACUUGAAUGCUGAAUAAUGCCCCCCUUAAGUGAUAUUUAAUACUCGUAACACCGACAUAAAACGAAAACAGAUAACGAGAUGCUACUAAAAGCAGAAUGUUUCCCCUAAGAUCUAGAUAGUAAAAAUGUUUCCAAUCCAAGCAAUACUCAAUUUCAGCGUGUGUUAAUGCAAUUAUCGUGCUAUAUGUAUGUAUACGUGUGUAGGGAAUUUAAAUAUUAAAAUUCUAAUUACUGUACUAACAAUAA